UUAUUACUUUCCUACCGCCUGACCCCGCAAGCUACUGUCGCAAACAUCACUGAAUCUCAGAGGAAGCGCAGGCUCUACACUAUUUUGAAGCUUCUGAAAUUGGCAUACAGCUCCAAAAAUGUCGUCUACAACAGCUUCAGAAAAUAGCAAAACCGCAUUGGGCGGUUACGCUCGCAAAUUAUCCAUCAUCCCCAAGAACAACAUCAGCAUUUCUAUCAACAAUCAUUACCACUCUAGAGUUUACACUACCGGUUCAGAAGUAUCGGGAACCGUUACCAUUAACUCUCAGACCGAUACGCGCUUUGAUACACUUCAGAUUGUACUACUCGGAACUAGCAAAACUCGCAUAGACGCCGUCAACAUCCCGCAUGCUACUUCUCACACAUUCCUAAAGCUCAUCAUGCCUAUUCUAGAAUCUUCAUAUCCAGUACCUCGAAAAUUCGAAGCAGGCAUGAGCUACACGAUACCAUUCACAUUUGUUAUUCCCAGCACACUCACACUCAACGCGUGCAACCACCAAGUCGCCAACGAUUCAGUUCAAGAGCAUCACGUGCGGUUACCUCCUACUGUUGGAUCUUGGGAAAAGGACGAUUUUGCGCCGAAUAUGAGUCGCAUUACGUACGCGGUCAAGGCUCGGGUGUAUAAAGACGAAGUGGCGGAUGAGACUAGUACGAAGCUUAUGGAGGCCAGCCAAGAGAUCAAAGUUUUACCCAUGAUCCCGGAAGAUGCACCGAUAAACGUCACCAAGAACGAUGAUUUAUAUACCAUGUCGAAGAGCAAGACGUUACGGAAGACUAUCAUAUCACCCAAGACGGGGAAGGUAACGGUUACAGCCUCACAGCCUAGCGCCGCUAUGUUGAGCCCUGAUGGACAGACGAUUACCCCGGCUACGGUACCACUCGAUCUCGUGUUUGAACCAGCUUCCAUCGAUGCGCAGCCGCCGAAGGUAACGGGAGUAGCAGCAAAGGUCACAGCGGUAACGUACUUCAGCGCUGUUGGUAUCAACCAUUACCCAAACCUCAAGGAUUCGCACCGCACAUUUGGUACCGAGGGCCGCGGCUCAUACUCAGGGACGACGUCUGUAGCUAGUGGACCGUUGGAACAGGUUCGAUGGGGUCGGCAUCUAACGGCGCAAGCAAGGAGAGAUUCAGGAUACGGCAGUGACGGUGGAAGCCCCUCGUCUUCGGACUCGGAACAUAACACUCAUCGUACUACCACCACUACUAAGAAAGGCACCAAGGGACGUCUGCCAUCACCGAUCUAUCACUCGGCGCACAUGCGGGUGCCAGUACAAUUACCGGCGCAUAAGAAGACUUUCGUACCGACUUUCCACUCGUGCAUCACCUCGCGCGUAUAUGUUUUAUGGGUUACGGUUACGUUGGUCUCAGGAGGAAGCAGCGCGCAUUUAACUCUCGGCGUACCGUUACAAGUCGGUGUUGGUUCCGCAAGCGAUCCGCACGGAGACGGCGGCAACGAGGCCAUAUUAGCAUCCCUAGAACCUCCGAGUUUUGAGGAAGCGAAUGCAGACGCAUAUCUACGCCCGCGCGUUCUGAGCGUGCCUACAGUCGAAUUUCACCGCGAUUACAACCAAACCCAGCAUCGUGGGGGUGCUGUGUUACCAAAUUAUGCCGAUUUGGAUUACUAUCACCAUCGGAGACGAACGGUAGCUACUCACUGAGCGAGCUACGACUUGUCAUAUACUAUAUAAUGUUUGUUUUGUUCGGACUAUUUUUCGUCUUGCCCGGAGGCAUCGGACACGGGGCUUGAUACCACGAUCUUUGGAUACGAUUUAUCUUGGGUGGAAAUUUGGCGAGCAUGGCGUUUUGGAAUAAGGACAAGAAUUAGAAUGACAUAUUAUUGUAUAUACUUCUAAGACUCUGUUUUACAUUCGAUUAUGUCUACCUAGGUAGUAUUUGGGGUGGCUGGUUUCAACUUCAGGGGUUUUAGGUACGGAAAAGUUUCUUUAGGUGGCUAUUCAUUUUCAGGACGCAUUCAUGAGCUCGAGAUCUCGAAAUUCAACAUAUUAAAUAAUGGUAGUUACAUUACACACACAUAAAAUUAC